UCGUUGGAUCGCCAUUAAAGGUUUGGUCAAUGAACAACGUUGCUCGGCUCUUCACCUUCUCCUGCCGCGGUCUCCCCCUCAGCGAGACCAUACCGUUAAAGAAUCGCCAACAUGGACUAAAAAAAACAAGUAUGACGGCCUUUUCUCUCAUGGCAGGACGGCGGAGAAGUCAUUUAUCAGUUGACUGAGCAAAGGUGAGCAUAUUUAUUAUGCAUGUAUACUUCUCUUGUCAACUGCCUGGGUUGAUUGCUGCAGCUUACAUUCAGUGUCAAAGGAGCAAAGGUGAGCGUUGGCCAUGGCAGCUUUUUUGCUGCACUGCUUGAUCCUAACGGCGAUAACGACAUGGAAAGGUGUGUGCGUGACGCAUGCAAAGCAAACAAGAUGGCCUCUAUAUUCCCAGACGCCCGUUCUUCUUGUCUGGAAUGCCCCCACGCAGGACUGCGCCCCGCGCCACGGCGUCACUUUACCUUUGGAGCGGUUUCACAUUGUGGCCUCACCCAACGAGGGCUUCACCCGGCAAAAUCUCACUAUAUUUUACAAGGAGCGCCUCGGUUUGUACCCCUACUACGAACAGGACGAAACCGCAGUCAACGGGGGCCUCCCGCAGCUCGCCAGCAUCACCCAACACUACGAAAAGAUGCCGGAAGGCGUGCAGAAGUACAUACGUGAGCCUAAGGCCAAAGGUUUGGCUGUCAUCGACUGGGAGGAGUGGCGGCCAUUGUGGAUCAGGAAUUGGGAUUCUAAAGACAUCUAUCGCAGUCAGUCCCGGAAGAUGGUGCUGAAGAAGAACCCGACAUGGAGCCAGGAGCAAGUUGCAAAGGUGGCCCAGCAGGAGUUUGAGCUGUCUGCUCAGAAAUUCAUGCUGGAAACUCUGAAGCUGGCGAAGAACCUGAGGCCCAAUCAGCUGUGGGGCUUCUACCUGUUUCCGGAUUGCUACAACCACGACUACAGGAGUGGCCUGAAGAACUACACGGGCCGCUGCCCUGCACUGGAGAUGGCCCGCAACGACCAGCUCAACUGGUUGUGGAUGGAGUGCACGGCGCUCUUCCCGUCCAUCUACAUGGGAUCUGUGCUGAACUCCACUCAGCAUGGCCGCCUCUUUGUGCGCAACAGGGUGAAGGAGGCUACGCGCCUGGCGUCUGUUGGUGAUGGAUUAGCACGCCCUGUUUUUGUCUACACCCGACCCACGUACAUGAACCAGAUGACCCUCCUCACUGAGACUGAUCUGGUGUCCACCAUUGGUGAGAGCGUGGCACUGGGAGCGGCGGGCGUCAUCUUCUGGGGGGACUCCUCCUACUCGAGCAACAGCAGCUGCUCGGCCCUGAAAGUCUAUCUCGAGGGACCGCUGGGCCACUACCUGCUCAACGUGUCCACGGCGGCGGAGCAGUGCAGCCGGGCGCUGUGCCACCUCCACGGCCGCUGUUUGCGCAAGCGGGCGGACGACGACGCAUACCUCCACCUCAGCGCCUCUCAGCACACUAUCAGCCGCCAGGGCGGCCGCCUAAAGGCAAGUGGCGAGCUCGGCAAGGCCGAACUGGCGGUUUUGCGCAAACGUUUCCAGUGCCAGUGCUACAGCGGGUACCAGGGCGAGGCCUGUGCUCAGAAACAGACGGGGCAAAAUAGAGCUCCCUCUGUUCUAAUAACCUGGUCGCUUAGCUUCGUACUCCCGCUAGGACUCCUCAUGCUGCUACACUGAGGAAGUGCAGCAACCCAAAAUAAUCACCGCUCGUGCCAAGCAACAACCAGAACAACAAUAUUUGGAUUGUUGAGUGUAAAAUGAAAAUCCCUAAAGAUCAGUUCCUUGUUACUUACAGUAGUCAUAUUUUCCAAAUGUGCUCACGACAACAAACGAUGUAAGCCUGGCAAAAUGCUUCAGAAGAUCUUCCAAGAGCUGGAUCACACCCUGUGACAGAUUGUACGUUACAAAAAAUCCCUAAAAAACUCUUCAGUUCCCCAUGUUGUCUCCCUCCCCACAUCUACCAACCCGGAUGAGCGACCACACUUGCUUUAUAAGGGAACAAAAGAACAAUGUUUAUUAUAUUCUCUGUUUCUCCUUGCAUUUCUGAGGGCCUUAAAUGUGCAUAAAAGUGCUUAAGGCCUGGUGAAAAAUGUCACAUUUCAGCAGUUCUGUAGAAGAAAAAAAACUCAAAAUACAGUUAAUAUACACUAUAUUGACAAAAGUAUUUGGCCACCUGCCUUGACUCACAUAUGAAUUUGAAGUGCCAUCCCAUUGCUAACCCAUAGGGUUCAAUAUGAUGUGGGUCCACCUUUUGCAGCUAUUACAGCUUCAACUCUUCUGGGAAGGCUGUCCACAAGGUUGCGGAGUGUGUUUAUAGGAAUUUUCGACCAUUCUUCCAAAAGCGCAUUGGAGAGGUCACACACUUAUGUUGGUCGAGAUUGCCUAGCUCUUAGUCUCCGUUCUAAUUGAUCCCAAAGGUGAUCUAUCGGGUUCAGGUCAGGACUCUUUGCAGGCCAGUCAAGUUCAUUCACACCAGACUCUGUCAUCCAUGUCUUUAUGGACCUUGCUUUGUGCACUGGUGCAGAGUCAUAUUGGAAGAGGAAGGUGCCCGCUCCAAACUGUUCCCACAAGGUUGGGAGCAUGGAAUUGUCCAAAAUGUGUUGGUAUGCUGGAGCAUUCAAAGUUCCUUUCACUUGAACUAAUGGGCCAAGCCCAACUCCUGAAAAACAACCCCACGCCAUAAUUCCUCUUCCACCAAAUUUCACUCUCUGCACAAUGCAGUCCAAAAUGUACCGUUCUCCUGGCAACCUCCAAACCCAGACUGGUCCAUCAGAUUGCCAGAUGGAAAAGCGUGAUUCAUCACUCCAGAGAAGGCGUCUCCACUGCUCCAGAGUCCAGUGGCAACGUGCUUUACACCACUACAUCGCACGCUUUGCAUUGGACUUGGUGAUGUAUGGCUUAGAUACAGCUGCUCAGCCAUGGAAACCCAUUCCAUGAAGCUCUCUGCGUACUGUACGUGGGCUAAUUGGAAUGUCAUAUGAAGUUUGGAGCUCUGUAGCAACUGACUGUGCAGAAAGUCUCUUUGCACUAUGCGCUUCAGCAUCUGCUGACCCCUCUCUGUCAGUUUACGUGGCCUACCACUUGGUGGCCGACUUGCUGUUGUUCCCAAACUCUUCACUUUUCUUAUAAUAAAGCCGAAUGUUGACUUUGGAAUAUUUAGGAGCAAGGAAAUUUCACGACUGGAUUUGUUGCACAGGUGGCAUGCUAUGACAGUUCCACGCUGGAAAUCACUGAGCUCCUGAGAGCGUCCCAUUCUUUCACAAAUGUUUGUAGAAACAAUCUCCAUGCCUAAGUGCUUGAUUUUAUACGCUUGUGGCCGGGCCAAGUGAUUAGGACACCUGAUUCUCAUCAUUUGGAUGGGUGGCCAAAUACUUUUGGCAAUAUAGUGUACGUUAAAAAUCAGCCCCUGACAGUUGUUUCAUGGACCGUCACGAAAUCUGGUUCAGGAAUAGCUUCAAGAGCUCAUGUUUGUAGACAUACAGGAAGUUGGCCAUUUUUCGCCAAAAACUGUGGUUAUACUUCUCCCAAAUUAAUAUUACGGAUACAACACACACAAAUUGUGAAGUAUUUUGGGCUCUCCCAUGAGAUGUCAGAGGAGGCUUUGAUGCCUAGCUCAGCAAUACCAAACCUGAACAACUUUGCUUUCACAUGGUCAGACUUGAAUAGUAAUCAGGGUGUAUGAUGAAGAUGCCACCCUGACGACAUGAUGUCCCUUCCUUGAGUGAGUCCUGGCAGAAACCCUGAUUUGCGUAGCGAUGCCAGGGCCCGCUCAACUGUGCCUGCAGCUCUGCUGUUUUUUGUUUUAGUCAAAUUUCAUGCUGGAUACGUGAGUGGUAACAAAUGACCACACACCUCAUAGUUUUCAGGUUGUAUUACACAAACAGCAUUUCCACAUUCUAAACAAUACAAUACGAAAAGAUGAUCAAUUAUUACAAAUCAUCCAGCUGGCUAAGGAAUUUUAUUCAAGCUCAUCGUGUUGGUUUCAGCAUUUCAUUCCUCCUGAAAGAAACCAAAAUAGUUUAAGAGAUUAUUAUUGUAUUAUGUGCUCUUUAUUGUGAGCAAUUUUCCAAAACCUCAUGACUGAACCUGAAUGUUUACAGAUGUCAUAAUUGACAUCUUUCUAUUGCAGUCUUCAUCUCAGCAUCCUGCUGGUUAACAGUGGCAUGCAACGUGCAAGGAAAUGAUCGUCCUAUCCCUUCAUGUAGAGCUGUGAAAGUUGUAUGAGUAUGGAAAAAAAACAAACACUGAUGGAUAUUUAAGUUGCCGUCCUGUUUCCGGGGGGAAAAAACACCUUUCUCCAUAUUGAACUACCGUAAUUUCCGGACUAUAAGCCGCACCUGACUAUAAGCCGCACCAGCUAAAUUUAGGGGAAAAUACAGAUUGCUCCAUAUAUAAGCCGCACCCGACUAUAAGCCGCAGAGUUUUGAUGUGUAAUUAGCGUAGUAUAUAGUGUAAUUAGCGUAGUAUAUAGGGGUUCCUGCUACCACGGAGGGGAUUGUCGGGACAGAGAUGACUGUUUGGGAACGCAAAGCGUCCCAUUUAUUAACUAUAAAUCUUUCAAUCAUUCAAUCAAACUUUCACAUCUUUGACAUGGCGAACAGCAUUCGUGCAGAGUACAAAUAAUACAACGCUGCAAAGUAAUACAAAGUGCUCGCCUGUACGUUAUCAAAAUAACCAGCCUACCGGUAUAUGAAAAGUCAGUCUUUAAUCAUUGUGUCAUCGUCUUCCUCCUGCGUACUAAAACCACCCAAAUCCUCUUCGUCGGUGUCGGAGAAGAACAGGCCGUAAAUAAGCCGCACCCUUGUAUAAGCCGCAGGGACCAGAACGAGGGGAAAAAGUAGCGGCUUAUAGUCCGGAAAUUACGGUACAUAUGUGUCAAUACUUAGUUCUAAAUGGUUUAACUGCCUGACUUUAAAUUGCGUCAUUAUUUUCUUUGAUGUUGGAGUUCCUGUCAAUGCAGCUGUGAUGACACCAUAGAUACUAUUUCUGUUAUUCUUGGUAGCUGGGGCUCUCUGGGAAGUUUACAUCUACAGUAGGUACUGUAUUUAUUCUCCAUGCCAAAAUGUCAAAAAAGGGUAAUUAACUGCCUAAAAGGAAUAUCACAAAAGGCAGUGGAAUGUUUACUAUGCUGCAAACGUAAUGACAUUCUGCACUUUAACACGUUUUCCGUCACAUGACGUUUUUUUUUUUUUGACUGGGGUACAAGACGGGCGUACUCACAAUGCAAUAAUAGUUUUGUUGUAAUCACUUGGUUUGUCACUACCUUUAUGUUUCUAAUGCCUUACUUUACUCAAAUGCAAUAAAAGAAAUUACACCGUUUGACCUUUUUGUAUAAUCUUUU